GCCGCGAAAAGUGAGUGUAUAUUUAUUCGUUUAACAUGCACUAUCAAAAAGAAGUUAAAAUUAUUAUUUCUACAGUCAAUUAAAACGAUAGUUUAUUGAAUUUUUUCUCAUUUACUACCUUAAUCACAACAAUUAAUAAAUAAGUAAGUUGUUUCAUUCUCUCAAUGAAAUGCCUGCGUCCACAAAAAUUGUUGAAGCGUCGAACUUGAAUUAUGACGAUAAAAUGUUGAAUUCUAAUUCAGUAAGUGAUUGUAAUGAACAGAAAAUAGAGAUCGUGCAUGAUUCUUCUGGAAAUUCUGUUGAGGAAUCAGGUGAUGUUGAAAAUGCAAAUUGCGAGAAACUUUUAAAACCUAAUUCAAGCUCUGAUGCAUUACCUGAAGUUAUAGAUGUCGAUGAUCUAGUUAAAUCUGAUGGUGAUAUAAUCAUUGACUUGGAAUUAGAUAAGUCACAUACCAAGAAAGAGAAACGACUAAAAUUAGCUGAAGAUGUAGAUGAACUGAAUAAUAUGCAACAUGAAAAGCUAAAAUUUGAUACAUUGAGCCAAAUUUCUGAUCCAGACCAUCUUUCAGAUAAUGAUUCUCCUGUUAAGCUAAAGAAAAAACUCUCAUGUGAUGAUGAAGCACCUGAACCUUCUGUUUUGGAAAAAUUUUCUGAUAAUGAUUCUACAAUUAAGCAGGUGAAGGAAAUGAGGAAAUUUCCUAUUGAUUUACUUGAAGAUACAGAUAAAUUUUCAAAUGCUAAUAUUGUUAAGUGUGAUGAAGGAAAUGCUGAUUCAGAUCAAAACUCUGAGACUGAUUCUCCAAUCAAGAUGAAGCGAAAAUUCAGAGGAAUAUCCGAUAAUUUAUUACAAGAUACUGACGAACUUGUCCCUAUUAGUAUUGUUGAUCAUGAUGAAAAGAAAUCUAAUGAUCCAGAUCAAACUUCUGAUGCUGAUUCUCCAAUUAAGUUUAAGAAGAAAUCUAGAAAAUUCUCUGAUAAUUUACUUAAUAAUACAGGUGAACAUGAUGAACCUGAAUCUGCUGAUCGAGAUCAAACUUCUGAUAAUGAUUCACCAGUUAAGCUUAAGAAGAAAUUUAGAAAAUUCUCUGACGAUUUACUUAGUGCAGAUGAACUUGAAAGUACUAGUGUUGUUGAUCGGGAUGGAAGAAAAUCUGCUGAUUUAGACGAAAUUUAUGAUACUGAUUUUACAAUUAAACUCUCCAAGGAAAACUUAAAUCAUUUCAAUGAGUUAGAUAACAGUGAAACUGAAUUUAGCAAAAGUGACAAAAAUAAUACAGGAGUAGAGGAAAAUUUUCCUGAUACUAUGAAUGAAAACAGUUAUAGCUUAGACGAUAACUCUCCAGUAAAGAGACCUAAAAAUGAUUUUAUUAGAGAUGUGAAAGGGAAAGAGUUGAUGAGGCAAACUCUAUCCUUACCAUAUUUUCACUUGCCCAAACCUGAUUUUCGAGAAUACAUGAACGAGACCAAUAGACGUCUUGAAGAGCCAUUAUUGAAGACCAUGUCUGAAUGUAGUCAAAAACCAAAGUUAUCGAAUAAGAUUACAUUGAAACCGGCUGAUAAUAUUGUUUUUGAAAUUGGACCUCCUCGAAUGGAUAAAGUAGAGCCUUUUCGUAAAAAAGUAUUAAACAUGAUGAGCAGAUGUAAUGGUUUGAAAUCUGAUUCUGACGAUAAAGCUACAGGUAAAAAAUCUCUCCCUAAGCCUAUUGGUGCUGAACGAUUGUCUUGGAAAAUGAAAUUAUUAAAUGAUAUUGCUAAGAAAAAAGAAGCUGCUUUAAGAGAAAGAAAUGAAAUGUUGGAAGAAGUGUUAGAAAGCAAUGAAGAAAAUCAAAGUGCAGAAUCUGAAACAGAAGAUUUAACUGAAGAUGAUGUUAUCGAUGAUAAUUUUCCAGUUACUGAUACUUUAUCAACUCCAGAUGUAGGUGAACAAGAUGACAGUCUUCCAGAACUACCUAUUGGCUACCAAGAAUCAAAUAGAAAUGAUGUUGACGAGCCUUGUGAGAUUGAUAAAGAAAUAGAAUCUUCACCUUUUUGUUUUUCUUUACCAUCCUUUCAACCGCAAGGAGGUUUUGCAACAACUGCAGAUCAUUCAACAUCUAUUACUUCAAAUGUGUCACAAAUUAAUCUUAGUUUUAAUGAAAAUGAGUCGCAAAAAGAAAAUCAAAGCUUAUCAUUGUUUGGUUCAUCAGAUUUGUUAAGUUCCAAUCCAUUACCUCCAUUAUCUCAGAAUGAUGAAAUAGUUUAUGAUAAAGUACUCGCCAAAGAAAAUUUGCUAUCUAGUAAACACAAUAUAUCUAGGGAUAUGAUUACAGCUGAUGUCAUGGACAUUUGCUCUGGACAGUUUCCUGAUGAAGAUGAGUUACCAAAAACACCACCCCUGAUUAAUAUUUCUGCAGAUGAAGACUCUGAAGGGGAUGUUAGCGACAGCAACUGUCCCGCAUUUCCUCCGGCAAUAGAAUCCGACUCUGAUAGUGAAGAUGACUUAAGAUUCAAGCGGAAAGUUCUUAAUAAGAAAAUACGACCUAUUUCACCAAUUGAUGAAGAGUCCAGGUAUGGUGAGGAGGACACUCGCGUUCAUCCGGCUUCUGUGUUACUCGAAGCUAACUCCAACUUUAACUUCAGCAAGAAUGAACCCGAACUCAGCUCUGAUUCCGAAGAUGAAAACAAUGCAGAUAAUGUGGAGAUUGAUCAGCAGAAUUUGAAUUAUGAUUCUGAAGAAUCUUUAAUCGAUGAUGGCAAAGAAGUACAGAAAGCACCUCGGAAUGUACGUGAUUAUUUUGAGAAUGAGGCAGAGUUGUCUGGUGAAGAAGGCAGUUCAGAUGAGGAUGAACAUGAUCUAGAUGGUGAAGAUCCUCUGAUUUUUGCUGAUGAUACUGAUGUUCCUGCUAAUGAUGAAUUACGUGACCAGAUAGGUACCUUGCAUUUAAAGCAUUUAUUGGAUGAUGAUGACCGGAUGAUAAGACAAGUUAAGAAUCACUUUUUGGAGGAAGGGGAGCUGUUCUCUGAUGCAGCUCGUCAGAGAAAGUUCAAUUGGUCUUUUAAUCAAGUUGAAGCUGUUCACAAUCAAAACUCAUCUGGUUCCGAAAACGAAGAAGAAAUCAGUGAAACGCCUUUCCAUGGUGACAAGAUCAAAUGGAUGCAAGAGAAUGGUAACAAUGAAAAUGAAGACGAGGCAGAUCAUUCUUUCGACACCAGUUUUAAAGUGGGAAUUAAGAAGAAAAUUGCAACUCAAAUUGUAGCAGAUCGGGCAACACACUCUUUCAAUAAAAGACCUCGAAAUUCAUUCUUAGAUGAAGAAGAGGCUAAAAAAUCUUUCAAAAAAAUUAAACUCGAUGUGACAAAUGCUCAAGGUAGCCGUGUGACAAAGAAUUUUGUGUUUGUGGAAGCUAAUGAAAAUGGAUCCGUCAAGAAGAAAAUAUCGAAUCCUAAGAACUCUGUUGACAAUAGUGUUUUUGAUCUAAUAUGAGAAAAAAAAAGUUUACAUUAUUUUAUUGUACAUAAAGUUGGAAUGUAUACAAUGAUAAAUUAACUUAAUUAUUUAAAAAAAAAUUUAAUUUUGUUAGUAAUUCUGAAUUUAUUACAAUAUUUAUCUAUCUAUAAUUAUUAUGAACAAGCAUAGACCUAUGCAGUCUAUUACAAAAACAUUUAUUAUUAUAUUUUUAAAGCAUAUUGUCUUAGCAAUUUUAGUUUUUAAAACAAGAAUUGCUUUCAUGAUGUUAAAAAAUAUUAGUAGUUUUAUUUGUGUAGUUUUAAAUCUGUUAUAUUUAUGUAUUGAGAAUAUACUUUUAUUUAUUUUCUUGCCUUUCGUUCUUACGCAAUGGUUAGUCAUGUGAAUUUAAUUUCUUAAAUUCAAAAAUAUUUAUUUUUAAUUCAAUUCGAAUUCCAUUGUAAAUUUUUUAUUAUUCAUUGUAGAUUUAUUGCCUUAACUUAUGUUUAAGUGUAAUUUUUCUUAUCUUUUAAGAUAAUUUUUUUGUGCAAUGCUGUAUAUUGCUUUGUUAUGGGUUAAUGAUUAUUUCAGGAUUUUUCUGUAUUGGCUAUUGUUCAUGCUAACUACAAUCUUGAAGGUGCCAAAGGAUUUUUUAACUUAAUUUAAAAAAAAAUUAUGGUUUAUUUAUCUAGGAUUGCUACGAGUCUAGCAUCAAAGGAAAUACUUUGUAUAGGUCCUCACUGGUAAUUUCUGCUUUUGUUUCUCACAAGUAACUGCUGAGGAGUCUGUAGUAAAGGAGUAAACUGUGAACCUUUUUGAUUAUUUAGACAGAAGUAUUUAAAUAGAAAUUUUCUCAAUGUUUUCAAUAAGGGGCUUUUGUCACUUCACCAAGGAAAAUUAAAAAUAUCUUUUCUUAGAAAAUGAAUUAUUUUAUAAGCAAAAGUAAAAUUCAAUUCUGCUACUUAUCAAUAAAUUUUGGAAAAAAUUGUCACCAAUUUUUGAAAAAGUGAUUGUUCUUUGCAUUAUAGAUCUAAUGUUUUUUUUUAAUGUAUCUUCCUUACUUUUAAAACUAUAAUCUUUGUUUAUCUGAGCUAGAUAAGUAAAAAUUUCAUAAGUAUCAGCAAAAAAAAAAUAUAUAUAUAUAUUCUCUUAUUUAAAGUUUAAUCCAAAAUUACUAAUGAACUUUAUGAAGAAGAUUUUUGGCUGUACAUUAAACCAUUUAAAGUACUUUAGCAGCUAUGUUAUUAAAAUUUUUGUUCAAUUAAAUUGUUUUUUUUUAUUAUUAUCAUAUUUUAUUUGCCUAGCCCCUUGUAUCAGAUCCUUUUCAUUAGAUUUCUUAAAUUUUUUUUCGCACCUACCUAUGUUUUCCUUUCGCAGAGAAAUGCAUAGUGGCUGUAUUAUUCAGCACUAUGAAGAAGAAAACUCACAUUUUAUCAAUAUUAAUAUAGAUUAUUAUUAUUUUAAUUACUUACUGUUAGAUAAAUGUAUGUAUACAUUUUAACUGUAAAGACCAUAAAUUUUAAAGCUGUUUGUAUGCUCAACUUAUUUAUAAAAAGUGGACAUUUUAUAAAAAUUGGUGGAUUCUUGUGAUUAUUUAUUUAAAUAGAUAAUGUGUUAAAAAAUACUAAAUAAAUUUGUAUAUAUCUUACGAAUGUAAAGUUAAUUAAUCACUCUUAUUAUAGAGAUUUGUAGGCUUAAGAAAUAACUUUUUCCUGUUUUCCUAGUCUUAAAACUCGAAGAAAAAUAUUUUUCAGUAUUGCACAUUUUUUUGUCAAAAAAUUAUAUUUCUAUGGUUUUUAUGCUUAUUUAUGUAACUUCUACACCCUGAUUAAAAUGUAAUAAAGCUAUAUUUUCAUUAAAUUUAUAUUCAAUUUCUACCGCUAUAAUAAUUGUAUAUAAUUGCUUUUAUUUGAGAUAAUAAUUAAAUUAGUAUUACUA